AGCCUCAUGAAACAAACGCGACUUUGUGAGACGCGCCGGUUAUAAAAUGUCCUAAUUAACAGAAAACGGUUGGAGCAUCAGUUCGCUGAUGAAGCCUCUGGCGUUGUCGCGACUCUGUAUCCGUGGUCUUGAAGUUCUGGAGUUUACGAGAAGCCUGAAGGGAGCACCAGCUGUCCGGAAACUUGUCGCUGCCCGGACACUCACAGCUGGAUUCUGCUGAGUGUGAAGGGAAGAGGAGGCUUUGGCUUUGAAGAGUGAAUGUGGUUUUCCCGUAGAACAGGUAAUAAAGCCAAACGUCGCCGCUGUUCUGACCUCACGUUUUCUGGCCGGCCCGCCUCUCCCUCCGCCUCCAGCAGCAUUCAAACCGAGGCACAGCUCUGUCCCACAGCACAGCUGGUUGAAGGAAACAUGGGGUCCGCUGGACAUCUCUGCUCGGUGCUGCUGGUUGUAUUUCUGCUGGGGCUCCAUCACUCCUCAGGUUUCUGGGUCGUCAACGUUGUCUUCCCACCCAACGCCAAACCCAGAGUCCCAAGCAACAGCACUCCACCGCUCAUCAUCGUACCCGGGAACUUGGGGAACCGUCUGGAGGCUAAGAUAGACAAGCCGACGCUGGUCCACUGGAUGUGCUACAAGAAAACUGAACACUGGUUCCCCCUGUGGCUUGACCUCAACAUGUUCAUGCCUAUAGGUGUAGACUGCUGGAUCGAUAACAUUAGACUUGUUUACAACCGGACAACUCGGCGGUCAUCCAACUCACCAGGGGUGCAGGUGCGAGUGCCAGGAUUUGGGCAGACCUAUCCCAUUGAGUUUCUUGACAAUAACAAACUGGCUGGUUAUUUUUACACUAUGGUGCAACAUCUGGUCAACAUAGGCUACACCCGAAAUGAGACUGUUCGAGGAGCACCGUACGAUUGGAGAUUAGCCCCUAAUGAGAAUAAAGAGUAUUUCACACAGCUGCAGGACCUGGUUGAAGAGAUGUACAACCAGUACCAGCAUCCUGUUUACCUGCUGGGACACAGCAUGGGUUGCCAUUACGUCCUCUAUUUCCUCAACCACCAACCUCAGGCCUGGAAGGACAAGUACAUCAGAGGCUUCAUUUCCCUGGGAGCUCCAUGGGGGGGUGCUGUUAAACCACUUAGAGUCCUGGCAUCAGGUGAAAAUGACGGCAUCCCGAUGAUUUCCAACAUCAAGAUCCGCGAGGAGCAGAGGAUGACGACGACGAAUCCCUGGAUGCUGCCAUCUGAAAAAACCUGGCCGAAGGAUCACGCGUUCAUCUCCACACCGACUUUUAACUACACCAACCAGGACUACCAGCGCUUCUUCAGAGACAUCAGUUUUGAGGAGGGCUGGUACAUGUGGGAGGACACCAAGAACCUCACUGGUGAUCUCCGCCCACCUGGUGUUGAGGUGUGGUGUAUGUAUGGCGUGGGGCUUCCAACUCCUAUAACAUACAUUUACGAUGAGGAGUUUCCCAAUGUGGAUCCGGUGGACUUUAUUUACGCCGAUGGGGACGACACGGUGGACAGCUUUAGCAUGAGUCUUUGCAAACACUGGGCGGAGCAGCAGGAGCAGCCUGUCCAUAUAACGGAGUACAGAGGGCUGGCCCACCUGGACAUAGUGUUCCACGAAAAGGUGCUCAACCAAAUCCAGCAUAUCCUGGAAGGCAAAUCAGAGACACCUCAAGAAGUUGAUGUCAGAUUUGGAAGCAUUUAAGAGUUAAAAAAACAUUGAGAGCUGGAUUUUUACAUAGUUGACUUUUGAGUCAGUUCAGGUGUUAAGCAAAAAACACAUUCCACAAGGCUCCAACACUGACUAGCGCCCCCAUCUGGACCCAACAAGUGUAACAGUUCCAAACCAAUCUGGACUUGCAAGUAACCUAACCCUGAGCCCUCAGCCCGUAAACAUGACCUUCUUAUCAAAACUAAAUGCUGAUGACCUGCCUUAUGGGUUAACCCCGAUCUGUUUAUUUAUAUUCUCGGGCUGUCUGUUUUGUUGUGUCUCCCUCUUAUUUGAUGGUGAUCAUGAUGAGACAUAUGGUGGUAAUCAUGGCACACAUCAAUAGUUACAAACAUAGUAAUAGUGAUUUUUAUUAUUAUUAUUAUUAUGAUUCUUUUGAUGUUGUAACCUGUGUAGUUUUAUCACAGUUCAUUCAGGAAACUUCAGUUCCUGUUACAUACAUCUUACAAAAAAUAUACAGUUCUGUUUUGGUUACUUUUGAUGGAUGAUUAAUUAUCAUCAUUAUUGUAUGAAAAUAUACACAUGCCCAGUGACAAUAUAUUGUUAUAUUAUGUGGGUGAGUGAACAGACAGCCUGUUCUUAUUGUGUAUGAUAUCACUGUAAUAUUUCUGGUACGAUUUAUAUAUUUUUAGAUAUCCGUAAAAUACAUUCUCUAAAAAUGAUCAUUUUGCGUCAGGCACAGGUAGUAGCUUGCAGCUUGCAGCUUGCACAUGAAACUAAUGUUGUAAAAUGAUAAGGAUAUUUUAUAUAUUGCUGUGUUAACAUGCCAUAUUUGAAUGUUUCCACGUAUAAUAAAAGCAUCUAUGGUAA